CAAGCAACAAGCUGCACUCGCUCACACACACACACACACGUACACAUGCAGGCACUUCGCGUGCAGGCGUUUCUAAACAUUUGAAUUCUGGUGGAUUUUCUGCUUCUUGGGGAAGAUGGGGAGCAUGUAUAAGGAUGAGCAGGGUGACUGGGUGACGGUCUGUCUCAAGUAUCUGCUAUUUGUCUUCAACUUCCUGUUCUGGAUGGGUGGAGGGGUUGUGAUGGGGGUGGGGAUCUGGACUCUGAUUGAUAAAGCUGAUUAUUUGAGUCUUCUGGCCUCCAGUACAUUCGCCGUGUCGGCGUAUAUCCUCCUGCUCGCCGGCGGCCUGGUCAUGAUCACGGGCUUCCUGGGCUGCUGUGCCGUCAUCCGCGAGCAGAGGAACCUCCUUUCUACGUACUUCUCCUGUUUGCUGGUGAUAUUCCUGAUUGAACUUGUUGCUGGAGUUCUAGCAUAUGUGUAUUAUCAAAGGUUGAGCGAGGAGCUGAAGCAGCACCUGAGUAAGACGAUGACUGAGAACUACGCUCAGCCAGGGAAGGAAGGCAUCACUCAGGCAGUGGACCGUCUCCAGCAGGACUUUAAGUGCUGUGGAAGCAACAACUCCUUAGAUUGGCAGAAUAGUGUGUACGUCAGGUCAUCUGAAUCUGAAAACCGGAUGGUUCCUGACAGCUGCUGCAAGACAAUGACCCAUCGCUGUGGCAAAAGAGACCACCCUUCCAACAUCUACAAAGUGGAGGGAGGCUGUAUUACUAAGCUGGAACAGUUCCUGGCUGACCACCUGCUCAUCAUUGGCGCUGUGGGGAUCGGUGUGGCCUGUCUACAGAUCUGUGGGAUGGUGUUUACUUGUUGCUUGCACAGACGGAUAAAGCUCGACCCAUACUGACCGAUCAGCAGGAGCUCUAUGGGUCACCUCAACUGCUUGCUGCCAGUCCACACACUUGUUUAUUCAUUCCUCCUUUUUUUUUUCCAAACUGCAUGAGUGUGCUUUCCUCCCAGUAUAGUUUUACAUAAAUGUGCAAGUCCUUCUUUUAACCUUCUAUUAAUUUAUUCCUUAAAUUCAUUUAAUCAUCAUUGGAUUUAUUUCCCACAGUCUUGCCACUGUACAGUAAUAUGGGAGUCUCAGCAAGAAUGUAAUGUGGUUAUAUGCUGAUAUCCUAAUAACACAAGAGGCUUUUCAUAAUCUUAUAGGGGGGGGAAAUCAUUAGCGUUUUUUUUUUAU